AUGAGUGUCGUCGCUAGCAGUGUUCCGGAGAGCCUGCCAGUGAUCGUGUGCGCACUAAUCGCCGUUUGCUAUCCGGCCUCGGGGCAAUCGAAACCCGUGCCACCGUUCGUGUGCCUCGGUGACGGAUGUCUUCGCGGCACGUGGAUGCAAGACACCACGCAGCGUCCUUUUGCGGCGUACUUUGGCAUCCCGUACGCCCGGCCACCGGUCGGGCAGCUUCGUUUUACGAAUCCACAGCCGAGUGGUCCGUGGAACGGGACGUUUGAUGCCUCCAACCCCGUCGGUCCCUGCAUCCAGAAGGUGACCCCGGGCACGGCCAUCAUAGGCAGCGAAGACUGUCUCUAUCUGAACGUGUACGCACCGCCCCGGGAUUACUUCGACGAUGCCGGCCGGCUUCCGGUGAUGGUGUACAUUCACGGUGGUGCGUUCUCCUUCGGGUCGGCCCAUCCGAGCCUGCGGGAUCCGUCGAGGAUCAUGGGCACCCGGAAGGUGCUGGUCGUGACGUUUCAGUAUCGGCUCGGGGUGAUGGGAUUUCUGGCCACCGGAGACACGGCGGCUUCCGGCAACUUUGGCAUGAAGGAUCAGGUCCUAGCCCUUCGCUGGGUUCAGCGGAAUAUUCGGCCCUUCGGGGGUGACCCACGGCGUGUCACAAUCUUCGGGGACAGCUCAGCAGGUGCCUCGGUGCAGUACCACAUGAUCAGUCCCCUGAGUCGAGGUCUGUUUCAACGUGCGAUCAGCAUGAGUGGCAUUGCACUGGCAUCGUGGAGUGUCCCGUAUGACGAUCCUCUCGCACUGGCCCAGGCUCAGGCUAAAGCGGUCGGUAUCGGCGAUGCGGAUCGCAUCACCACGAGCAAGCUGAUCGCCCGGCUUCGAGAGGUAAAAGCAGAGACCCUGGUGCUGAACAUCGACCAGCUGAAGCAGUGGGACAUUAAGCCCCUGACACUGUACCGACCGACGGUCGAACCGAAGCACACGGUGCGGAGUGCGUUCCUGACGGAAGAUCCUCGCGUCCUGUGGAAACGGGGCGAGUACACGAGCGUCCCUUGGCUGACGGGCACUCUGCCGACGGAUGGGUCGAUUGCCACGCAAGCCGCGUAUAGAAGCCCCGCUUUGCUCGAGCAAUUUAAUUCACUCUUCGUGGAACUGCUGCGGCUAUUUUUAAGGAUCCCGGCCAUUAAUGACGCUAUGUUGGGGAAUCUCAAACGGCGUUACUUCAAUGACACCGCGUCCGGAGUGUGGAAUACGAUCGAUAACUAUCCCGACUCGACUACGAUGGUGACGGACGCGUUGUUCCUCUAUCCGAUGGCCUGCUCGAUUAUGCAGCAUCUGGUGAACGGUAAACCACACCCGACCAGUGUCUAUUCGUUCCAGUUCCAGGGCCGCUACUCGAUGGCGAUACUCAACGCUACCGUCACGAAGGGAUACGGGUUAACCCACGGAGAUGAACUGAUCUAUCUCUUCCGGAUGCCGCUACUCUUUCCUGACUUUCCGGUCGGAUCGCCUGAAGCCGUGAUGUCCCAGCAGUGGGUCAAGUACGUGGUCGAUUUUGCUACAACGCGCAGUGCUGGCCGUGUGGGAACGUGUAUUGGCCAAAGGUGUGAUGUGGUGCAGUUUAGCAACUCGAUCAACACCCAGAUGCCGGUGAAGAAGACACUUAAGGCGGGUCUGUACGAGGACAUCUUCAAGUUCUGGAGAACCUUUUACCUGACAGCGUGCCAGCUUACGAAGUGCACUAAUAAAGACAUUUUUUAA